AUGCGCUCCGCUGUACGAGCUCUCGCCGCUUUGGCCUCGGCCGCCCUCAUUGUUCCCUCUGCAGCACAGACAUGGUCCAACUGCAACCCGACAUUACGAACAGACUGCCCGCCCGAUUCCGCACUGGGCAAGACGGUCAACAUCGACUUCUCGUCUGCGUCGGACAGUUUCACGGCUCAAGGCAACCCUACCUAUGGAAAGGAUGGCGUCUCUUUCACAGUGACCAAGUCGGGAGAGGCACCCACACUUACUUCAAAGUGGUACAUAAUGUUUGGAAAAGCCGAAAUCGUCACGCAAGCAGCCCCCGGUGCUGGUAUUGUCAGCAGCUUUGUAUUGCAAUCCGAUACUCUGGAUGAGAUUGAUUGGGAGUGGCUCGGCGCAGACCCCGAUGAGGUGCAAACUAAUUAUUUCGGAAAGGGGCAAACGACCAGCUACAACCGCGGCGCUUUUCACGCCGACCCAGGCAGCCAGACGAGCUUCAAAACAUACACCAUCGAAUGGACCCCGGAGCAGAUUGUAUGGCAGAUCAACGGCGUCACUGUGCGCACUCUGGAACCCGCAGGCGCAGAGAACCAGUACCCUCAGACACCUAUGCAGAUCAAGUUCGGCGCAUGGAGUGGAGGUGAUUCAGCGAAUCCUGCGGGUACUAUAUCAUGGGCUCGUGGUCCCACGGAUUACUCAAAGGGCCCCUUCACUAUGAAGGUCAAGUCGCUCAAGGUACAGGAUUACUCGACUGGCACACAGUAUGUCUACGGCGACCAAUCCGGUACCUGGAAGUCUAUCAAAUCAGUUGGAGGCACAAUCUACUCCGGUGGCAACAAGCCCAUCGCCGACGCUCCAGCCGUCACAGCUACCGCCAGCGGACAGCCACUGCCCUUUAGCCCACACCAAACCUCCGACUACAUGCGCCCCAGCGUCUACCCCUGGAUCCCCGACCCGUCGGCUACCCCCACUGCGCAACCUACAUUUGCAAACUACCCCGGGCUACCGAGCGGGUGGACAGUUUCCGAUACUGGAAAAGUGAUCCCACCCAGCUCAGCCACUAUGUCCCCUCAAGGUUCCUCUAUCUCAUCGCCGCAAGCUUCACCUACGGCCUCGUCUGCCUAUGGAUAUGACCUCUCCACCGGCUACGACAACCACGGUUCCACGCCUCCUCUCCCCACCGCAACAUCUCCCUCGGGUCUCCAAAACGCCGCCGCCGCCAGCGCCAUCCCCGCAGCCCCCGAACACAGCGCAGGUUGGAAACUCCGCCUCUCCAUCAUACUCCCCUGGACCAUACUCGCCCUCCACCUCCCCAGCUGCCUCGGCUACUAGGACGGCUGGGGCAACCUCAUACACCAAUACCGCACCGGCGAGUUUUUCCAGCUCACCGGCGCGGCAAUGUUUAAAUUCUGCAUCUUGCUGGGUAGUGCGAUAUUGGCCCUUUUUACGAAUAAUUAUAUCGGAUAUGCGUUUUCGCUCAAGUUGUGGUUGGCGCCGUGGCCGCAUCUUACGUGGAAGUUUGGCUGGAAUCGCAAGUGUUGCAAGGACCAUGCUUGUGAGGAGAAGAAGAAGAUGUAUAUAUUGCUUUGGAGGGGGAUUAGGGGGAUUUUAGGUGGGCUUGGGUUUUUCUGAUAUGUUUUUUGUUGCAUAGCGUGGCGUUUUUGGGUGGUAUUAAUUGCGUUUUAGAAUUGGAAGAGUGAGUCUGCGAUAUGAUGAGGAAGAAAGCGGUUUGAAUUAGCUUAGCUUAAUGAUGGAUGGAUGGAUGGAUAGUGAUGAUUGAUGGAGACAUUGAUUGGUAUUAGUAAUGACAGAAUGGAUUACUUGAGUGGAAUACUCAAUCCGACA